UGGCGCCAAAACAGUCUCCUCUCAGCUUCUUCAGAGUACCUCCAUUGUGGACAUACACACUUAUCUAGGACAAAAACAAAAUCACGUGUGUGGUGUUUAAUGUGUCACCUACACCUGCAGUUUUUUAGCGCGUCUAGUGGUUUUUAGCUCCUGUCGGUCUCGCCAUGAACGACGACGAUGAUUUGAAGUCAAGUUUUCAUUCAGAACAACUCCAUGCUAAUGUGGCGUCUGUUCCUGAUGGACUUUGCUGGGUGUCAAUUCUAUCCUGUCUACUGCUUGCGUGCUCUUAUGUCGGAAGUUUAUACGUUUGGAAAAGCGAGUUACCAAGGGAUCAUCCUGCAGUGAUAAAGAGGCGCUUCACCAGUGUACUGAUUGUAUCCGCUCUGUCUCCAGUGUUUGUGUGGGCAUGGAAAGAUUUCACAGGCAUCCAGCCUGUUCCCUCAUUACUGGCCCUUAUGGGGAUCCGGUUGGAGGGUCUUAUUCCUGCUAUUAUUCUUCCGCUGCUAUUGACUAUGGUGCUAUUUUUGGGUCCUUUGAUCCAGCUAGCCAUGGAUUGCCCUUGGGGUUUCAUUGAUGGGAUGAAAGUUGUAGUCGACCCUUGCUUCUGGUCGCUGUGUCUGAGCGACAUGCGCUGGCUGAGGAACCAGGUUGUGGCUCCAUUAACGGAGGAGUUGGUUUUUCGGGCGUGCAUGCUUCCCAUGCUAGUACCCUGUGCCGGCCCGUCCACCGCAAUCUUCACAUGUCCACUCUUCUUUGGUGUUGCUCAUUUUCACCAUGUAAUUGAGCUCCUGCGGUUCAGACAGGGCACUGUCUCAGGGAUUUUCCUCUCUGCAGUGUUCCAGUUCUCCUACACUGCAGUAUUUGGAGCUUAUACAGCCUUUAUAUUCAUCAGGACAGGUCAUUUGGUGGGUCCUGUGCUGUGCCAUUCCUUCUGCAACUACAUGGGUUUUCCAGCUCUCAGCACGGCCCUGGACCACCCGCACCGCCUCACGAUUCUCUCCUUCUACGUGCUGGGGGUCGUUCUCUUCUUCCUCCUCAUCUUCCCCAUGACUGACCCGCUCUUCUACGGUUUGCCUACACCCGUCUGCACACUGACCUCUACACCUGGAUCCAUCUGCUCUUGAUCCAUCCAUACCUCCAUCCUGCAUUUCAUCCAUUCCUUCUCUCCAGCCAUUUGAAAAGGAGUGGCUGUUUUGCUGCUGGUUUCACCAGGUAUGAAAAUUCACAGCCUCUGUGAGGUGAUGUGUGGAAGAACUCGGUGGAUGCGAAACAUCCUCAGGUUGCACUGGCCAUUCUUUUCACCAUUUAGUUGCUGUUGCGUUAUCAAGUGACUUCAGCUGAGAGCCAGGCCUACGUUUGAUGAAGACAAGUUGAUUAUAUGCGUCUGCAUGUUUUUGUGACAAUAUUUCAGUGUGUUUAUCAUGAGAUGGUGCUGGGGAUAAAGAUCAGACACUAUUACGGGUUUCCUGGAAAGAUUUGUAUGUUAGAAUGUGCAUUGCUAAAAUGCUAGAUUCCCUAUUAUUUUCACAUACAGGCGACAUUUUGUUUGGUCUCAUGCCCUUACUUGAAGACGACAUUUGUUUUUACAGACAUUACAGGCUUAUUUUGGUUUACUCUUGAUUUUAUUGUUUAAAAAUCAUGUCACUCAAAUCAGUAGGCUUAAAAUUAAACUUAAAUAUGCUUUAGGUACGCUUUUGGAGCAAUAGACCUAGACCUAUUAGAGUAACCAGAUGUAGUGAGUGUGUAUCAGAAGUUAAAUUGCCCUGAACACAGCUUAACGUGUAGGUCUAGAUAGAACUACGGCCUCGUGCACAACGUUUCAAAUAUGAGGUCUUUUUAAAGCAUUGAUUCUGCCUUGGCAGUUUGCUAAUUAGAAGAAAAUUAAUACCAAUUAAUGUUUGUAUUGUAUAGUAGAUAAUCAUUGAUAGAUUUUGACCAGUGGUAUUUCAUUCAUAUUAAUUGCAGAGCUAAAAACAAUUUUUUUACAUCAGCAUAGAAAUUGUUAAUUUAAUAUGGUAGCACUGGAGGAUGUUGAAGUAAAUUCUACGCAUCUGCUUUAGUAAUGGUGGAAAUUCCAACACUUGACCGUGUAGUGAUAAACCACCUGCAACAACAUCGAAACUACCUAUAUCAGAGAAUUACACUUCUUUGAUCUAUUGUUUUACGUUCUAAAUCUAAAUAUUAAGCUUUUUAUAAGCCUUUUAUAUAUUAUAGAUGACCUGGGUCAUGGCUUCAUGAAUUUUUAUGCGGGUUCUUUCACCGUUGAGUGUUAGUGAAAACUCAUACCACUGAUCUGCAUGCUGCUACACUGCUGACAUAUGGAUGUUCGAAUGAUGAUUGAUAAAGAAACACACCAAAUACAACUCUCAUAACAGCUUCUAGGAAUAGCUGACCCAUAAAUCUCCAUUAUUUACUCACUCUCAUGUCAUUUAUUUCGAAAACCACAAAAGGAGAUAUUAGGCAGAAUGUUCAUGCUGCUCUUUUCCAUAUAAUAAGUAAAUGGUGAACAGAAGCUAAAUUCUAAAACAUAUAGUAGUUCAUAUGAUGUAUGUGCUGUUUCUCUCAUUUGUGUAAUUUUAAUAUGCACAUAAUUAAAUUAGAAAGAAAGAAAAUAGGAACAGAAUAGAGGCUGCUUGCUGCAGAACAUUUAAUGUUAUGUAGUUGUAUUUGGUUUCAGUUCUCAUUAAUUGUGAAAGCAAAGUAUAUAGAAAGAGUAUAUAGAACUAUCAUUUUACUUUAUUGCUUGUAAUUUGUUAAUUAAUAUAUUGGCAUGGCUUGACCUCACAUUCAUUGUGUGUAUCAAAGAGUCAUUUGUAGGCUUUUCUGUGUUGUGAGAGACCAUGCAAAGUAAACCUUUUAAGCAAUAGUCUCACAAACAGGAUCAAAUCAGGGAUUUUCAUCUAGUGCCACGUAAGAGGUUUGUUUUGGGUGUUUCUGUUAUUCGUUCCCAAAAUAAUUUCUUAUUUGGCUCACUACAAAGAAAACGGUGAUAUCUGUAACAUCACUUGAACAGCCAAAGUUAUGGUAGGAAUUAUCGCAGGUUGUCCAACUCACUGCAGUUAUCUGGUUUACUAGUCUCUAGCGUUGAAAGAAGUGUGUGCCAUAGUGUGUAUGACUGUACUGAUGCGUUUACCUAAGGGGGACGCUGUAUGUAAGCACUGUUUAACUGUGACUGGCUACGCGGAAUGCUGCUUUAGUUUAGUUGCUUUGUGGUUGUGCUCAACAGAGGGCGCCAGAGGACCUUUUUUGUGUGUGUUGUGUCAUUUCGUCGUUGUCAUGAUUAAGAAGCAGUCACCUCCUAGAAACUUUAUCUGUAUCGCUUUGCAUAUUUAAUUCUGUGAUUAGAUAAUUUAAUUAAACAUAUGCCCUGAUAUGCAAAGAACCUGUUGAAGAAAGUAAUUUUUUUUUUUUUUUGCAUUUGUGGAAAUUCACUCAUUCUUCUAGAUUUGAGCUGAGAUGCAACUCUGUUAGUUUAGUGGUUAAACUGCACUAUGGGAUGUUUGGAUUGGAUGUCAUGUUGAGUUGUGAUUGUUUAGGGAAUGCUUGAAUGCACAGGUGCUCUGGCGAGGACAGGCUUCCUGUCGACACUGUGAUUGAUGACUGAUGUAACUUUUUUAGUAGGAAAAUGUUUGUGUCAGGAGUUUGUUAGCUGUCACAGUCCAUUACUCUUAUGCUCACUUUAUUACUGUGUUUUGAUGUUAUUGCAUUUUUAUUUUACAAGAGAGUUUUGACUUCUUUUUAUUUUUCUUUCAUACUCAAUUUGAGUUCACAGUGUUCUUUCUUUAAUCUGGAUUGGUUGCAAGCAAAACAUUUGCACCAGGGGCGAACUUGAGAUUUAGAUGCUUUGAACGUCAUAUUUACAGUAAGGAGGAGCAAUAGACGUUCAAAUCUAUUUUUGCAAAUGUGAAAAGUAGCUGAGCGCUGUUUUAGCUCAUUGAAACAUCACCUGAAAAAAAUGUAAAGUAUUUGAGAAUCUCUUCAAAGUUGAGUCGAAUGAUUGGUGAUUACAAACAAGCCUGAUGUUUAUACUGAGAGCUAUAUUUUAUAAUCAAAUCUAUUUUGGUGACUCAGAGAAUAAUGUGCAUGCUAGUUGUUUUUGACUAACGUGCAAUGCAAUUUUCUGUAAUUCACUGAUGGACAAAUGUUUUAUGACAAUCUUUCUGGGGGUCUUUCAAUCCACUCUGCAAAACUCUGCCGUUUGUAAAUAAAUUAAAGGUUUUUUUAAACA